AUGGCGUCAAAAGCCAGUCUCAUUGCCAACUCUGUGCUCGCUGAGUUUGACAAGCUUCCGCCGAAGCGCAAGCCGUCACACCGAGGCAACGGACAUCGGGAAUGGGUGCCCCUGAGCGGCAUCGUCGUCGAACAUGGCGACCAUUGUCUACCAGCCAGCAAGAUCCCUCAAGCCAAUGGCAUCGUCCUCCAUGAUUGGCAUGCUGAGAUUCUCGCCAUAAGGACAUUCAACCGUUUCUUACUGGAAGAGUGUGUCUCUCUGAUCAGAGGAGACGAUUCGCACAAUGUCGACUUCAACACUGGUGCGGCGCAACCUUUCAAGAUCAAGGACGGGAUCAAGCUUCACAUGUACUGCUCUGAAGCUCCGUGGUCGACGAGUGUCGAGUUUGCGUACUCAAAGCGCAGCGUCACCCACACAGCCGAGAAGAUAUCGCCUAGUCCGUUGGCGACGGCUUGGUCGGCAUCGGGGAUAGCCGAGAACAUUGUCAACGGCGUCAUACAAGGACGAAAGGUGGGUGAUCCCAAGGGCGCCAGCCGCAUGUGCCGUCAACAGAUGUGGUUACUGGCACAAAGCCUGGCGGACCAAUGCCAUGGGCCCUCACUAGCUGCUGCGCUCCGCGGCGCAACAUAUGCGCACGUCAAGGCGGAUGCACUUUUGCAGUCGCGAGGCCAAGUCAUUGCCGACACACAGUUCUUCGCCCUGAAGGGAUGGAUCAAGAAUAGCGGAGAUACGGGCUUCCCGUUGGGCCAAGCACAGAGAAUGGAAACAUCAUGA